GGCCUUUUGCUGUUGUUUUCAGUUUCAAAUUUGUCACAAUGAAAUUAAAAAGCAAAACCGAAAAGUGUGCCGUGGAAAAGAAGAGGAAAAGGAAGCCGGAAAAAAUUGGUGAUGUUGAGAUAGAUAGUACAUUGAAUGCCGAAGUGGAUAAUGGAAUGCAAGUUGGAAAGGAGAAAAAGGAGAAAUCUUCUAUCAAUAGAAAGAGGAAGAAUAAAGAUAAAAAUCGUCGCAAGGGUGAAGUUGAUUUAGAAGAGUAUAGUGAUGGGAUUGUUCAUGACCAUCCUUCUGAAGCUCAAGAAAUCAAAGAUACUGAGGAGCAUGGAGAUACUGAUACUGAUACUGGAGCAGCCAUCAAAUCCCGUAAAAAGAAAUCUAAAAAGAAGAGGAAAAAGGAAGCUAGUUUUGUAAAUGAGGUGGAAAAUUCUCCAAAAAAAGAGGGGACCCUGAUCAGGAUCAAAUUUAUGUUAUUUCUUCUGGAGAUGAAGACUUCUCAAAAGGAAUGAGAAGUAUGAAUUUGCAAAUGGAUUGGGAUUAGUUUGCAUUUUUUUAGAAAAAUUGUGCCCAUUGAUCUUAUAUUUGCAUGAUUCAUGCAUGGAUAAUGGACUUAUAGCUUAAGCAUUUGUGGUCGUAACAUGAUUAAUAUUUAUCUAUCCGACUAUUUACUGGUCCUGAAGCAAGUUGGAUUCAAAUUCAUCAUUUUUAUUUUUCUGCAUUGAUGUCUGCUAUGCCUACUAUUUCUGACAUGGUUACUUAAAACUGCAGAGUGGAUCAGGGAAUACCAUCAAAGUAGACAAGGGCUGAAUAUAUUGCAGGAGCAAAUUGACGAAUUCAUAACUGUUCAUGAGGAAAACCUGGAGCAGGUAAAAUGUUUAAUAACCCUCUUGCAUUUAUUUCCCUAUAGUAGUUUCAAGGCUUUGAAAAAUAACAAUUGGAGCCAGCGGUAGACUUUAACAAGUUCCAAUUGUUAAUCCCUUCUGUUAAAAACUACA